GAUGAUCAGUCGUCAAUCGUCAAGAUGCGUGCAUCAUUUAUCAUCUUUGUUUUGUUCGUCUACGUUGGUGUUUCGCAGGCAGAAACUAAGAAAAAACGUCAACUUCCUGAUUUCGUGCAAGUGUGUAAAAGAGAUGAUCCCGAACUGGACAAAUGUUUCAUAUCAUCAUUGAAUUCCCUGAGAACUCGUCUGGCUGAUGGAAUCCCCGAAUUAUUGUUACCAAAAAUGGAACCAUUGACGCUCCCUGAAGCAACUUUCAAAGACAGCGGUUUUAUGGCCAAAUUUUCAGACCUCGUCGUCGAUUACAUAACAGAAGGCACCGUCGAAAACGUGAAAAUCGACCUAAAUAAUAGCCAAAUCAACUUGGAUUUGGUUUUACCAAGAUUACGAAUUAGAUCGAAUUACAGCAUGCACGGAAGGAUUUUGAUCCUCUCUCUGAAAGGAAGCGGUCCAGCGGAUGGAAAUUUCACUGAUAUUGUUGCUAAAGUCGAGUUAACCGGAACAACACAAAACGGUUACCUUUACUUCGAGGAUAACAGGAUGGACAUUAAAAUCGGCGACGGACAAUUAUCCUUCGACAAAUUAUUUGCCGAUGAUGAAUUGAAUUUAGCAGCGAAUAAGAUAAUUAACGAUAACUCCAUUGAAAUAAUCAACGAGUUAAAACCGUUAAUUGAUGCGAGUGUAGCUGAUUUCGUUUUACAUUUGACACGUAACGUUUUUUCGGCAUUCACCAUUGACCAGCUCUUCCCAAUACACAUUAAAUUGGGUUUUUUUACUAGACAUAAUUGCAUCAUUCAAAUUAUUUACUUGACUUGUUAUUAUUCAUUAACGUCCGCAAUGAAGACAAUCUUGAUCGCCUCGCUUUUUGUCGCCUCAGCAUUCGCUGCUGAUUUACCAAAUUUUAUCAAGCCAUGCAAUGGAGACUCGACUAAUUUAUUACAAUGUGUUCGAGACAAUAUUGAAGCAUGCAAACCUCGCUUAGCGAAAGGAAUACCGAAACUCUUCAUUCCUCCGAUGAAUCCAUUCAAAGUGAGCGAAGCAGCAAUCGAACAAUCGCAGUUUAAAUUGGCCAUCAAAGAUGUGACCAUUCACGGUUUCGAUAAAUUUGAUGUAAAAGAUUUGCAAAUUGAUCUUAAAAAUGAUAAAAUCGAAAUGGAUAUCGUGUUUCCCCACAUUGAUGCUUCCGGUGUGUACGAAAUAAAUGGUAAACUUUUGGUGCUUACCUUGAACGGAAAAGGACCUUUGAAUUGUAACGCAACAAAUAUGGGUGCAAAGUUUGUAGCAGAUUUCGAACGUUACGAGAGGGAAGGUAAAACGUACUUGAAGAAGAAGGAUUUAAACGUCGUCGUUUACAUAAAGGAUGCGUGGAUUAAAUUGGAUAAUUUGUUCCAAAAUAAUAAAGAACUGACGGAGAAUACGAAUCGCGUUAUCAAUGAUAACAUUCUAGAUUUCUUCCAGGAGAUUCAUCCAAUUUUCGAAGUUAUUUUCAAUAAUGUUCUUGGUAAUGUUCUGUUCAAAAUCACGGAAACCUAUCCCUACGAAGAUAUUCUACCGAAUAUUAACUAAUUUAUGUAUUUGACAUGUUAGAUUAGAUUAAAAAGGUGUAAGAAUAAAGUGAAUUCAAUUAACAA